CGCAGCAACUAUGGCGUGCUCUGUGUUGAACAAUGUCAUAAAUGUGUUUGGCAAAGACUCUUCUGCGUAUUUUGCAAUGAUUGGAUUUGUUACAGCUUCAUAUAUAGCUUUUAAAGUAGCUUUUAAUGUAAUCAAAAUCUUAAAAUACUUUGUUUUUGCUGGAUCUACAAACUUCAAGAAACUAGGAUCAUGGGCAGUUGUCACAGGUUCAACAGAUGGUAUUGGAAAAGCUUAUGCAAAAGAGCUAGCUGAAAGGGGAGUAAAUAUUGUUUUAAUAAGUCGCUCAGAAGCAAAACUUCAGGAGGUUGCCAAUGAAAUAGAAAAAGAGAGCAAAGUUCAAACUAGAAUUAUUGUGGCUGACUUCAGUAAAGGUCUGGAGUUGUAUGAUUCCAUUAGGGAGCAGUUAGCCGGCUUGGAGAUUGGAACACUGGUUAACAACGUAGGGAUGAAUUACCCAUUCCAUAACUACUUUUUGGAUGUAGCUGAUAGAGAAGAGUAUUUCAUGAAAAUGAUCAACGUAAAUGUAACAGCUGUUACCAUGAUGACCAGCAUUGUGAUGCCUGCAAUGGUGGAGAGAAAGAAAGGCGCAGUUAUCAACAUCUCCUCCGCUGGAGGCUUGUACCCAGUGCCUCUCCUAACUGUGUACUCUGCCUGUAAGGCUUAUGAGAUAUUUUUCUCCCGGUGUAUACAAUCUGAAUAUGAAUCGAAGGGAAUUAUUUGUCAGUGUGUAAUGCCAUAUUUUGUUGUAACAAAUAUGUCCAUGCCACUUCUUGUUGCAACAAAGAAGUCCAAGAUCGUAAAACCUUCCUUAUUUGAACCUAGUCCCACCACCUAUGCGAAAGCUGCCCUGGAUUCCUUUGGGGUAUCAGAUUUUACCAAUGGCUACUGGGCACAUAAUGUUCAGGGUACCGCCAUGGGCAUGUUACCAGAAGGAAUCGUAAAAAAGAUGAUGAUGGGAAUGGCGGAAAAAGGCAGAAAAGCAAAUUUAGAAAAUAUGUCUAAGAAAAAGGAAUAAUGUUGAUCAGCUGAACUCGGAAGCAAAUAUGUAUUGCUUAGUUUUAUGUGACAAUAUAAGAAAGCUUCAUUCAGUCGUUAAAAUCAAUACCCAAAGACAGUAUUUAUUUAAAAGAAUAUACACGCAUUGAGUAUUCAUAAAUGAAUAAUUAAUAUACACUCAAUAAGGUAAGGGUCACUUAGAGAGAAAAAGUUUUUUUUACAUUUUGUAAAUUUUUAUGGAAAAAUAUUUAAAGUAUUAUUUUUUUUUAUUUUAAUCCCUCAACGUAUUCCCUGUUAAUGUUUAGAAAUGACUUAAGGUCUCUUUACCCACGACUGCAAUACCUCAGCAUUCUCUUCUUUGUGGUAGCUCAAAAGACAGUGAUGGAUAGCACUCACAGGACUGAUUUAACAUAAUUUCAUUUUUGAAUUAAACCCAUUAUUCUCUACUUUAAAAGUGGAAUUAUUAUAUAAACGUUAAUUCCACUUUAUAAAAUUUGAACCAAAAUUAAAUUUUUCUUAUGUUUGUAUCGUAAAUUUCCAUUCAAUAGUAUCAAAAAAUUUUUCAAAAUCUAAAAAUAGUAGUAGUUCAUUCUCCUUACGUGUAUGAUUUUCACCAUAAUCAAAUAUAUCUUGAAUAACACAAACAUAAUUAUUUAAAUAUUGGCAUUUAACAUAUGCUUACUGGUCUUCAUUUAUUAAUUUAGAAAUAACACUUUGUAAUCUUCUAACCAAAAACAUACAAGGAUUUUAUAAUCACAGUUAGAUGGGCCUAUUGGUCUGUAGUUUUUUAAUUAUAUCCCCCCCCCCCCCUGAAUAUAUCAGACUAAUAACAGCUAAUUUUUGAGAUGAUGGUGUAUCACCACAUUUAAAAGAUUUUAAAAGUGAAUCAUAAAUGUACUUCAAAAUAUAUUUUGUAAAAUUCCGGGUGACUUGUUAUCCAUGAUUUUAAUUGCCUCUUCACACUCUCUGAGAGUAGUUUUUGCCUCAGAUAUUCUUUGUUUUUCAGUAUUAAGGAAGCUCUAAGCUCUUCUCACUGAAACUCUCAUUAUACGGUAGUUUUGUGUAGUGAGGAUAAUCUGCCCUUUAAUAUGUUAAGUGGAAUAAAUGAUUAACUUCAGUAAAUGACACAAUUUGAAAUUCAAUAAAAUAUUCUGAACGUUAUAUAAUACUAGAAUAAAGUAACUGAAAACAUUACUUGCAUGCAUUUUCCAAACAAGGUAAAUAACAGUGAAAAUCUGUUCUGCAAUAUUUUGAUGUCUUUGAAAAUGUUUCCUCGAGAAAUGUGGCUGGUAGCCUAUGUUGAAAAUAGACUAAAUAAAAGCAGUAUGCACACCUUUAUAUAAUACAAAUGUUCUCAGAGUCCAAAAAACAUUUUUCUUUAGUGUUUAGAGCUUCCUUAAUUUUGUUUUAUUUUCAGUACUUUUUAGAUUAUUUCUUAUGUCUUCAGUUUUGGGGUCUUGUGACGUAUAUUUUCAAUUUUUCGUAGAAAUUACAUAAUUAUCCAAAAAUAUCACUACUAAAGAAAGUUUGAUCUUGAUCAUGUUUUUUCUAUAACAUUGUUUUGUUGAUGUUUAUUUUGUAGUUUUAAGAAACAAGAGGAGCAUUUUCCUCCACACUUUAUCCAGUUUGCUCUACAUCUGAUGUAUGCUCCUUCAGAUUUUGUAUCAAAUAUUUCUUGUAAUUCUCUUCCUAACUUAUAUUUUUCUUGAUUAUUAAUCUCAUUAAAAGGUCUAUUUUCAAUAUCUGUAA